AUGAUGAAGAUGAACCGUGUGAUGUGUGUGUUGGCCGUUGUGCUGUGCAUCGCCUGCGGGUAUGCCAUGACUGCCUCUGCUGCUGAGGUUAAAGGAAAUGCUGUGCAAGGGAAAGGAGAAACAGGACAAGAACCAGGCACAGAAAAUACAGAGCCAGGACCAGUAGGACCAACAGAUCAAGUCCCAGACACGGAAGCAGGGGGGGAUGAUGAUGAAGAAGAUGGUGAAGAAAAAGAUGAGACAGAAUCGCCUGGCACUGGAGGUGCACCUGGCCAAGGUGAUGCAAGUCCUGGCGAUGACAAAAAAGAAGAUGAAGAAGAAAAGGAAGAUGAAGAGGUGCAACCAAGUCCAGAUGCGCCCGGAACUGGGCCACAGCCUCCUGAAAUAGAAGGAGAUGUCCCAUCAGGUGGUGAACCUGAGCAACCUGAGGAUGGCAACGACAAAGAAACCGAUGCUCCCGAGAACACCGAUAAACCAGCAACACAAGAACCCACUUCCACCAAUGCACCAAGCAACGAGCAGAAGCCGGGCGAUGCUGACAGCAGUUUCAGCCCUGUGUGGAUGCGCACUGCCGCACCUCUGCUGAUUGUGGCUGCGUUGGUAUUGUAA